AUGUCACAAGAAGAAGAAACGAGCAAUGAAAAGAGCUACCGUCUGCUGGGGAUUCUGGACGUGCAGAAGACGCCGUGUGCCAGGGAGGCGGUCCUUCAAGGUGCCGGCGCCUCAUUGGCAGCUGGGCUCCUGCACUUUCUGGCCACCAGUCGCUUGAAAAGGUCCUUCCACGUGGGAGCGGGGGGAUUCGUGCUGGGCACACUUGCAUCCUGGUGCUACUGUCGAUGGAGCUACGCCAGGCUGCGAGCGCAGCAGAGGAUUUUUCGGCAAGGCAUCCAAAACCAGAUGAUCUAUCAGGGGACCGCUGCCGACCCGGCCAGUGCCGCUCAGUCGUCGCCCAACGUGAGUGCACGCUAA